AUGUCAUAUUUUCACUCACAGUCAAACUCGACGGCAGACUCUGAGAGGUCUGACUGUGGUUGCAGCUUCUGGAGUUGCGGCUCUACAGAGUCUAGUUGCUCGGGCGUGCCCGUGGCUUCUCCUACAAUCCACGAUGCGAAUGAGCAGAAUCGGUACGAAUGGACAUCACAAUAUCUUCACAAGAUCAAACAGUUUAACGGAACCAUUGACUCAUUCGUGCAGAUUCUAGUUCCCAGCGAAGUGGCGUGCCCGACCUUGGACUGCUCUGGGAUAUUCGACCGCGUUCCCAAUGACUGUGACGAACAAUUGAUGUAUGAACCUUUAGUCAAGGCAUUCCACAUGCUUACCGAGGACUUCCCUGCUGCGAAAUCGCUUACAUUCCUGAACUACAGCAACUUCUCGAUGCGGUUCCCUUACAUGUCGCGCGAUCCCUACCAUCGUCAAGCCAAAACCGACCUUACCGUUUCCUACCCAGGAACAGCUGAGACGCUGUGUGCACCUCGAUGGAGUGAUAUUUCACUCGCUAUUGAUGUCAAGCCUUGUCAGACCGACGAUCCCACGUGGCAGUUUUCCAAAGAGCAUGCCAACACCGUGAUGGGGCUUGUUAGUAGUGGGCACAAUCUGCUGAUGGGCCACAUGGGCCUCUUUGCCUUUCUUAUAAACAUCUUUGGGCACCGCGCAUGCAUCUUUCGCUUUGAUCACUCCUCCGUCAUUGCAUCACCUCAAUUCAACUAUGUCCAGCGGCCAGAGCUUCUCAAGCAAUUCUUCUGGAACUUUGUCAACCCCCUGCUUGGCACGGCGAUCUCUGGUGUCGACCCACUUGUAUCUGUGCCUACAAACCUAGAACUGGCCUGGGCGCGAAAUGUGUUUGGGAAAGAGAAAUUACCCGGCCUGGAUCUUGACAUGAGCAGCUGGAUCAGGGCGGAAGUAGAGACAGAGAACGGUGAGAUCAUGAUCAAAGAGUUUCUGACGGUGAAGUUGCUUUUCAUCGAUCCCUGCCUGUUCUGUCACUCGACGAUGAUAUGGUCCGCGAUCGAGAGAGACGACGAGAGCGGCGAGCAGUACGUUAUCAAAGACUCGUGGCAGCCGCAGGAUCCCCAGUCAGAAACGGUGUACUACUCCCAUAUACUGAAGGCAUUACGGGAGCGAAACGAACACCCAUUUGGAUUGGCCGUGGUACAGGCCGGGACCGAUCUUGGUGUGAAGGAAGACAACGAACAAAUGGAGCCGUAUGGUCCGCCACCGGAGCAGCCUGUUCUUAGGAAACCACCAUCUCAUGCUCUCGAUAGGUCGAGUGCGCCGCUUGCUUCGUCAUCUUCGCGUACGGGCGAUGUCGACCUUUUCUCGUUGUCCCCUUUGUCCGCGCUUCCCUCCUCACCCCUGCCGACAAAGAAUGUCAACCUUUUUUCGUUAUCCCCUUUGUCUUUACCUCCUCCAUCACCUGCGACGACAGGAAACGUUGACCAUUUCUCGUUAUCCCCUUUGUCUCCGCCUCCUUCAUCUAAGCGGUUAUGGAUAACGGUUCCCGAAUCAGCCUACCGCAAUCCAACCAACAGUCCCGAACUUUCACAAGUUUUCUUCGAAUGCGCAGGCAGGUCACCGGACCCUGUCAACAUUCAGACACCGGGGAUUCCACUGUCAAGGUUCCCUAGCACAAAACGGGUGGUCAACACAUUGUGUGACGCUAUCGAAGGACGUCAGCGGGCUUGCAGUGGUGGUGUAUUGCGCCGAGACGUAAGUGAAGGGGACGUCUAUAUGAUUGAUGGCAAACCGUACAAGGGAUGCAUCGGCGACUCGGACUACAGCAGUUUCGUACCGACUCUCCAGAGCGGUCACGAUGACCUGACGAGACCCGAUGCCAAUCCGACCGACUCUGUGAAGGAACGAAUGGGAACGCACGCUUUCGUGGCGAUCAAGCUGCUCGAUAAUAAGGGUGUCAUUCAUGAUGCACACAACGACUUGGAAUCCUUCUACUGGCUCUUUAUUUGGCUAGUCAUCCGACACACCGUGCAUACCGAUCCGGAAGGCAUGAAGGCACAUUCACUAAUGUUUCUUCACGAAAACGACCACCUUUGUGCCAACAUGAAGCGCGGGUGGCUGAUAAGCGAGGACCAGUACCUCAGUGUUCCGGGGAACGCAUCUCUGACGUGGAUGCUGAAGGAGUUUACCAUUCUGUGCCGCGUAGGCAACUUCACCCUGCGUGGUCCCCCCGUAUUGCUCACGCAUGACGCUGUCACGGGGAAGUUCGAGGCAGCUCUGAACAUGGACGGCUGGUCAGAGGACGAUCGUGCACUACCGUUAAAGCCCAAUGUGGAUUCUGAAGAGUCGAGGUUAAAAGACAACGCGAGAAACUCGGAGCAAGGUCAGACGGUAAACACGGUUCAGGACAAGGUACCAAUGUCUUCCUCCAAACGAAAGCGCGAGCCUGAGGAGGACCUUAACCCAAGUUCAAAACGCUGCAAGUCGGCGAUCGUAUAG